AAUAUUUUGAAGAAUUUCAAAGUCUCAUCAGUUCAUUCAUUUCGUUCAAUUCAGUAACGUUUCAAUUUUUAAUUUUUUAAAAUCAAUCAAAAUGCUUAAAUUCGCAUCAGUGUUCUUCUUUGUCGCGGUUAGUACUGCCAAAGCUGGAAUCUUAGGUUCACCAUUGGCCUACACUAUUCCUGCAUCAGCACCUCUCAUCUCUACAGCACCAAUUCUUGCACGAUCAGCACCAUAUAUCCACCACUCAGCACCAUAUUAUGGAAGACAAUUGUUAGCUUCACCUGUUGGUCCAUUCGUAAAAGCAGCACCGCUCAUUCAUCAAGCUCCAGUUGUUGCUAAAUCAUUCGUUCCAGCAGCCGCACCAAUUAUCUCAGCGAGAACAAUCCUUCCAGUUGCUGCACCAGUAAUCAAAACAGCUGAAAAUGAUGCUUAUCCACAAUAUCAAUAUGCUUACAGUGUCAAUGAUGCUAUAACUGGAGAUAACAAAGCCCAUGAAGAAAUUAGAGACGGAGAUAUUGUAAAGGGAUAUUACACACUCUUGGAAUCUGACGGAUCAACAAGAAAAGUUUCAUACUAUGCUGAUCCAAUCAACGGUUUCAAUGCUGUCGUUCAAAAAUCAGCACCCGUUAUUAAUGCACCAAUAGUUGAAAAAGUCGUUGUAGCAUAAGUGCACAACUAGCACUCAUCCUGUGACAAAACUGUACAAAAAUGAUGACUUUAUGUAAAUACUAGGACUUUCACUUAUCUUUAUCUCAAAAUGAUUCUCAGAAAUACGGAUAAUAUACAAUGACAUUGAUGCCAUGACAAAAAUAAACUGCACAAAUGGAAAAUAAAUAAUGAUGACGAUUGAAGCAUAAAACUAAUAA